AUGUGUUAUUCUACUGAUAACGCUACUUCGAAGAAAGUUAUCACACGUGACGAGUGGGAGAAGAAGCUAAACGCUGUAAAGCUCAGGAAAGAAGACAUGAACACUCUCGUCAUGAAUUUUCUUGUCACUGAGGGUUUUGUUGAAGCUGCUGACAAAAAGUUUCUUUCUUUUCCUUUUGGAGAGACAGCAGAGAUAGAUCUUGCGACCAUCACAGAUCGAAUGGCUGUUAAAAAGGCUGUUCAAAACGGUAAUGUCGAGGAUGCUAUUGAAAAAGUUAAUGACUUGAAUCCUGAGCUCUUGUUUCAUCUUCAUCAGCAAAGGUUGAUUGAACUUAUUCGACAAGGCAAGACUGAAGAAGCCUUGGAGUUUGCUCAAGAGGAACUUGCACCACGUGGCGAAGAAAACCAAGCGUUUCUGCAAGAGCUAGAAAAAACUGUAGCGCUGCUUGUUUUUGAAGAUGCGUCUAACUGCCCUGUUAAAGAUCUUCUUGACAUUUCCCACCGCCUUAAAACAGCAAGUGAAGUGAAUGCAGCAAUUCUCACAAGCCAGAGUCAUGAAAAAGAUAACUGUCUCGAUGUUAUACUGGUUUUGUUUUAUUGUGAACAAACAGAUCCCAAACUUCCAAGCUUGUUGAAGAUACUGAUUUGGGCUCAGAACCAGCUGGAGGAGAAAGCAGUGUAUCCGCACAUUAAUGAUUUGUCUACUGGCCUACUCGAAGACCCGUCAGAAUAAUUCAAUACUUCUUUCAGAAAGAGGAAAAAAAGCUGCGAAAGAGAACAAUCUAUGAUGCCCUUCUCUUCCCUUCAAUUUCAAAAACGUAAGAUUCAUAUGUUCUAGCUUUCUGCUUUUUCUUUUUCUUCUGCAUCAGAGCUUGUUGGACCCGGAGUUGUUUAUGUGUGGAAGGGAACAUAAAGCUGUCUGUGGGCAAUGAAUUAUCCCUGUCAAAUGUUGUGAUUGUCAACAUAUGCCAUGACUCAUUGCAUAUGCACAUUUGUCUUGCAUGAAGUUAUCGAUCUUCCCUUGUUUUGAGGAACUUGUGUUCCAUAUGGCCCUGAAAUUUGUAAACCAGAGAGAUGGCUUGUUCCUCUUAACGUGUGUAUAUGGAUCAUCUUGUUAAGGUUGGUUUUGUUCUUCUGCUAA